AUAUUCUUGAGCCACCAGAACAUCUCUGUUUUCAAUUCUGAAAAUCCCAUUCUCUGCUACUGAGCUUACAGAAUUUCAGAAUGGUUUAUUACUUCACCUCAACCGUGGUCAAUCCGUCGGCGUUUGUCUAUGUUGGCAAGGACAAAUUUGAAAAUGAGGAGUUGAUCAAAUUUGGCUGGGAGGAAGAUGUCUGGUUCCACGUAGACAAGCUUUCCUCUGCACACAUUUACCUGCGGCUGCCCAAUCCUGACGACUCAUGGGAGUCGAUUCCGCAGGACCUGCUCAUGGAUCUAGGUCAGCUCACCAAAGCCAACAGCAUCGAGGGCAACAAGAAGGACAACAUCACUGUUAUCUACACGCCAUGGUCGAACCUGAAGAAGGACGGGUCCAUGGCCGUAGGCCAGGUAUCGUUCAAGGAUCAGCGAAAGGUCAAGAGAAUCUUGGUUCCGACGAGGGAGAAUGCCAUCAUCAACCGCCUGAACAAGACCAAGGUCGAGAAACAUUCGGACCUCAUGCAGGAGCGGGAAGACAUGCUGAAGGCGCGCAGACGGAAGGAUAUGGCGGCUGUUCAAGCUAGGAAGAAGGAAGAGGCACGGCUGGCCAAGGAGAGAGCGGAGAAGAAAUACCAGAAGGAUCAUGCAUAUGAUGACAUAUUCUCUGAGGAGAACAUGGCUGCUUCUAGCAACCAGGAUCGGGACGAAGGAUGGGAGUCUGAUUUCAUGUAAACCUGUCACAGUACAGCCUGUCAUUUUGGGACAGCCUGACCCUAAGCACAAUACAGUAAAAUCCACAGGAACUUAUGACAUAUGCAUGUUCAAGAAUUGCUUGUUAGAGAGAGAAGUCCUAUAUGUAGCUUGCGACGUUCUCAGACCAACAUACUGAAUGCACACUCUAAAACGAACAAAAA